UAUCUAUAUAUAUUAGGUUGUGCAAUUGCAUAGGUAACCCAAAAAUCUCCACUUACCUUAAAGCAAAUAUGGUGGUGAAGAGCAUCAAAGAGAAAUCCAGUUCCUUUUUCCUAUAUUUCUGCUCAAAAGGGUUCAAAAAACCAGCCUCUCCACAACAAGGAACCAAGGGAAAUGCUGUGUCAUCAGAGCAGAAACAGCCUGGAGGAUGGAAAGCUAUGCCUUUCAUUUUAGGGAAUGAAACGUUUGAGAGAUUUGCAACGAUUGGGUUGUUGUCAAAUUUCAUGGUGUAUUUGAUGAAAAAGUUUAACAUGGACCAAGUUUCAGCUUCCAAUGUACUCAAUAUCUGGUCUGGUGUAUCUAACUUCGCACCACUCAUCGGUGCUUUCAUCUCUGAUGCCUACGUCGGUAGAUUCGCCACCAUUGCUGUCGCAUCCGUCGCUUCAUUUCUGGGAAUGCUGACGAUAACUUUGACGGCUUGGAUCCCACAGCUCCAGCCUCCACAAUGCCCAGCUGAGCAGCAAUUACAUGGUCACUGCAUUAGUCCAAGCAAGGCUCAACUGGGAGUACUGCUAACAGGGUUAGGCCUCUUAUCAAUUGGAACUGGUGGGAUAAGACCCUGCAGCAUUCCCUUUGGGAUUGAUCAGUUUGAUCCAACCACUGAAGAAGGGGCGAAAGGGAUCAACAGCUUCUUCAAUUGGUACUACACCACAUUCACAUUGGUCAUACUGCUCACUUUAACCCUUGUGGUUUAUAUUCAAGACUCAGUGAGCUGGGUUCUAGGCCUUGGAAUCCCCACUCUCCUCAUGGCUGCUUCAAUUGUUUUGUUUCUCAUCGGAACCAGAAUUUAUGUCCAUGUGAAGCCCCAAGGAAGCAUUUUUUCAAGCAUUGCCCAAGUGUUUGUUGCUGCUUACAACAAACGACAUCUUAGGCUUCCUGCAGAGGGACAGGAAUUUGGAGUUUUCUAUGAUCCUCCUUUAAAGGAAUACGUGUUGUCAAAGCUACCCCUCACCUACCAGUUCAGGUUCUUAAACAAAGCCGCGAUAACAACCAAGAAUGAUUUAGAAGACGAUGGUUCCCCUAAAAAAUGGUGGUUGUGCAGCAUCCAAGAUGUAGAAGAGGUCAAAUGCCUUAUCAGAAUCAUCCCUAUAUGGGCUUCUGGUAUCAUUAGCUUCACCGCCAUGGCACAACAGGGAACAUUCACCUUAUCACAAGCUUUGAAAAUGAACAGGCAUCUUGGUCCCAAGUUCCAAAUCCCAGCUGGUUCCAUAAGUGUCAUAUCAAUGCUCACAAUUGGGAUUUUCCUCCCAGUCUAUGACCGAAUCAUGGUCCCAUCUCUUCGAAAAAUCACCAAACACGAAGGUGGGAUAACACUUCUUCAAAGAAUUGGAAUCGGUAACUUUUUCUCUAUCCUAGCCAUGGUCGCUGCUGGCGUGUUCGAACAGAAGAGAAGGAACUCAGCUACAUUGCACCCUGGUGCCGCACCAAUCUCGGUCUUUUGGCUAUCUCCUCAGCUUAUUCUCAUGGGUUUCUGCGAGGCAUUCAACAUUCUUGGGCAGAUUGAGUUCUUCAACAAGCAGUUCCCUGAGCAUAUGAGAAGCAUUGCUAAUUCUCUCAUCUUUUGUUCCUUGGCUGGUUCAAGCUACUUGAGCAGCAUAGUAGUGAAUGUUGUGCAUCAUGUCACCGGAGGCCACGGCCACCCCGACUGGUUGACUAAUGAUAUUAAUGCUGGCAGAUUGGAUUACUUUUACUACAUUCUAGCAGUGAUGAGCGCCCUCAAUUUCCUUUAUUUCCUCUAUGUUGCUCAUCGGUAUCGUUACAAGGGCCAAGUACGAAUAGAACCGAAAUCUGAACCCGAUGUAGAGCUAAGUUCGAUGUAACCAUGAAACUAAUUAAGCUGUUGUAGUUUUAAUGUAUAUCACUUGCUACUAAAUAAUAAAAAAACGUACUCAUUUGAGGUAAACUUUCACAUCUAGUCUAUUUCAUUGUUGCCUUGUAAGAUCAGCAAUAAAGGCGAAAGCUCGUGCCGCUUUUCAUCGUUUAUUGUCUUGAAA